AUGACAGUUCUUCAACAAGGUGAUAAGAAUCGGCCAAAAUUUGCAUUGAUUACAGGAGCUUCUUCAGGAAUUGGGUAUGCGCUCACUAAAGAGUUUAGUAAAAGAGGGUAUAAAGUGAUUGCCUGCUCGCCUCAGGAAGUAAUUCAUUUGCAAGAGCCAUUGGUUAAGGAGUUUGGAGCUAUUUCAGUUGCUUGUGAUAUAACCAAUAUUGAUGAUUUGAAGAGAUUAAAAGAAUUUGUAUUUGCACAUACUCUGGGAUAUUUGGAUGUACUUUACAAUAAUGCUGGUAUUGCAAUUGGCGGUCCUGCGGCUGAGAUUGAUGAAGUAAAGUUGAAUAGGAUUUUCCAGGUUAAUGUCAUUGGUCAUAUCAAUGUUACCAAACAGCUAUCGCCAUUUGUAAUCAAUGCUAAGGGGUCUAUUGUCUAUACCAGUUCUGUUGCCGCACGCGUUCCAUUAGCAUGGACAAGUGCAUACAGUGCUACAAAAGCUGCUAUUGAUGCUUAUGCGCAAACUUUACAUGGCGAAAUGGCUCCCUUUGGCGUCAAAGUGCAUAGUGUUAUAACUGGUGGUGUUGACACGGAUAUAUCAGGAAACCCAUCAAUUCAGGAAAUUGAAGAAGAGCUUGGCGAUUCAAAGUUCAAGGUGGAUGGGAUUGUUGAAUGCUUUGUCGCUACAAGGGAAAUGUCACAUGACAGCAAGUACAGCCCAGAUAAAUAUGCCAAGGAUAUGGUUGGAAAAGUUUGUAAAAAACUGAGUAAGUUCAAUCUUUAUGGUGGAUACCGCGGAUACUUUUUGCACUUUAUAAGCAGAUAUUUUCCAUUGUGGUUAGUUGAAUUUGUUAUUCAGAGUUUCUUCAAACAAAGAAAAGUGUUUAAAAACGUGAAAAAGUUGGCACAGGCCAAGAAUGUAAAAUCCUGA